AUGCCAUGCCACUUCAUGAAUAAGCUUCACCUGAUUUCAUCUAAUCCUUACAGUGACACCAAAGUUGCCAGGAACCUUCCUCUCCACAGUUCGACCUUCUCCUGGAGGAAUAUAGCACUCCUGCUGCUUCUCUCUAUCUCUUUGGAGGAGACCACUUCUUCGCCAGUCAAAAUAGAGAUACGGAAACCGGGAGUAUGCCCCAAAGACAGGGUCAUCUGUGAGACUAAAGUUCUAGACUUCUGCUUAAGUGAUUUGCACUGCCAGAAUUACAUGAAGUGCUGCUCAUUCGCCUGUGGGAAGAAGUGUAUGGAUCCAUUCCAAGAACCCUGCAUGCUACCCUCAGACCAAGGAAGCUGUAACAUUGGGAUCUCGCGCUGGUAUUUUGACUUUAAACAUCAGAUAUGCAAACCGUUUAAAUAUGGAGGCUGCUAUGGGAAUGCCAACAACUUCAACAGCAGAGGAAACUGCAGAGUGGCUUGCUCAUCAGUUGUCAAGACUGGACAGUGCCCACUCUUCCCCUUCAAGAACCGUAUGGAGUGUCCAGCUUCCUGUAAGGGUGACAUGGAUUGCCCCAACAGUGACAAAUGUUGUGAAUCCAUGUGUGGCUUUGUUUGUACCAAGGCCUGGACAGUCAAAUCAGGUUUCUGCCCACGCAAGCCCCUGAUGUGUUCCAAGAUUGAGAGACCCAAGUGCCUGCAGGAUCGUGAUUGCCCAGUAUCCCAGAAGUGCUGUUCACAUUGUGGACUGAAGUGCCUGGAAUCUCAAAAAUGA